CUUUCGAUCGACCUACUCCUCCUAGACUUUACGCCAGUCCGCGAGGAACCUUUUGCUCCACAUACCUCGCCUCCUCCCGAUCCGCUCAUGAAGCCGCCGCUGCUGUCGCUCGCCGUCGUCCUCAUCUCGUGCCUCAUGUAUAACACGGGCGCCUCCGGCGUCCCCGAGGCCGACCACCACGCACAGCGGUUCCAUUCCAUCUUCAGCUUCGGCAGCUCGUACUCGGACACGGGCAACUUCGUCCUCCUGUCCGCCGGCUUCCCCUUCAGCCCCUUCAACAACUCUCCCUACGGGGAGACCUUCUUCCGUCGCCCCACCGGCCGGCCUUCCGACGGCCGCCUCAUCAUCGACUUCAUCGCGGAGGCGCUGGAGCUCCCGCUGGUGCCGCCUUUCAUGUCCAAGGCAGGGAACUUCACCCAAGGAGCCAACUUCGCCAUCGUCGGCGGCACGGCGCUUGACGUCGGGUUCUUCCUGCGGCACAACUCUGGUAGCGUGCCGCCGUUCCGGAGCUCCCUGCGCGCGCAGAUAGGGUGGUUCCGGAAGGUCGUGAAGCAGUCGCUCAGCUGCAACACCACCGCACAAUGCAGGGAGCGCCUCGCGAGGUCUCUGUUCGUGGUAGGCGAGUUGGGCCUCACCGACUACAGCUACAUCCUCUCCGGCGGGAAGAGCCUGCAGGAGGCCAAGUCCUUUGUGCCGGACGUUGUGCAGGCCAUCAUCAGAGGCGUCGAGAGGCUCGUGGAGGAAGGAGCGAGGUACGUGGUAGUAUCAGGGACGCCGCCGAUGGGGUGCACGCCGAUGGCGCUGACAAAAUACGCCGUGGCGGCGAACGCGACGGAGUACGACCGCCGGACGGGGUGCCUGCGGCGGCUCAACGGCCUCUCGCAGUACCAUAACUGGAUGCUGCAGGAGAGCGUGAGGCGCGCGCGUGUGAAGUACCCGGGGACGACGCUGGUGUAUGCCGACUACCACAAGCCCGUGGCGCGGCUCAUCCGGCGCCCGGGAAAGCUCGGGUUCACAGCGGAGCCCCUGCGAGCGUGCUGCGGCGGGGGCGGCCGGUACAACUACAACAUGGACGGAUCGGCGUGCGGCUUGCCCGGCGCGACCGCCUGCAGCGACCCAUCUACCCACCUCUUCUGGGACGGCAUCCACUACACCGAGGCCGCCAACAAAUACAUCGCCCACGGCUGGCUCACCGGACUCUACGCCCAUCCCGCCAUACUCAGCUUGCCGCAAUAGAUACACGAUACCGUAGCUUGUAGUACUAGUGGUAUGCAGCUUCAAAAUGGUCAAUAUAGUUUAGCCUUUUAAUGUUUUAAGAUGAGGAAACUAGUUUCUUUUUGGAGACAAAUCAAGCGAAGCUUUUAUUAUGACGUUACAAUGUUUACAGUGACGAAAAGAAAAUCAUCAGGUUGGCCAACCCCAAACAUAAAGUAUGCUUCGCUAGAUUGUGAGCUUCGAAAUUCAAGCUUCUAAACUCCUAAACUCAGAUGAGUAAAUUAGUUAGUUUGUGCCAAUGAGCUGGCACAGCAGUUUGCCUCUCUUUUUGUGGGGGGCUGCAAGAAUUUCAUACUACUUUUAUAGCAUUGUUGUAGUUCUCGAGGUCUUUUUCCUUUCUGUGAUGCCUUUUGAAAAGAA